GUGGAAAAAUACGAAAUUUUGGAAAACGCUCUAUUCAAAGUUCCAUCGGAUCCCUGCAACUAACAACGGGGUUUUCGUACCGAACGAGCGAACCAUGGAAAAAUUCGGCAAUGACAUUGUAGAAUUAAUCCUAAGACGAGUCUCAGAUCGAGGAGAUCGAAAUUCGUGCUCUGAGGUCUGCAAGCAGUGGACGAUACUUGAGGGUCUCUCGAGAUCCUCUCUUCGAGUCCUCGAACCCGAAAGAAUCCCUAGUUUCUUACCUAGGUUCCCCAAUUUGACUAAUUUAGAUAUCGACAGAAGAAUUUCUGAUGAGAAUCUUAAGUUGAUUGCACAAAUUUGCCCUAAUCUUCGAACCCUCAACCUUGGCCUACACCGAAGUGAUUGGCUCAGAGGGUUUAGGUCAAGGGAUUUUGGGGAUAAGGGGUUAACUGCAAUUGCUGAGAAAUGUAGGAUGUUGGAAAAGGUUUCGUUGAAAAGAAGGGAACAAGUGCGAGAUGCUGGGGUUAUUGCUCUUGUGAAAAAUGCAAAAAAUUUGGCUGUUCUUGAUUUGGCUUGGUGUAGUAAGAUCACUGAUGAAGCCCUAGAUGCUAUGGAGGGAAUUGUCUCUUUGGAAGUAUUGUAUCUUGAGGGUUGCUCUUUGAUUACGAAUUCGGGUUUGAUUUCUUUGGCAACUGGGUCACUGUCGAAAAGUUUGAGGGUUCUUGAUCUGGCUGAGUGUGAUCAGAUAACUGAUCAUGGUAUCUAUUUUAUGCCCCAGAUGUCUUGUUUGCAGGUGCUUAACUUGGCUGAUUGUGGCCCGAAGAUCACAGAUGAAGGAGGCUUUGCAAUUUCUGAGAUUUUUAGUUUGAGGACAUUGGAUUUAUCGUGGCUGAUCAAUCUGUCCGAUGAAACCCUUGUUGCUUUUGCUGAGAAGUGCAAGAACUUGGUUGAGAUUAGCUUAACAGGAUGUGAAUCAGUAACAGGUGAAGGGGUCCGUGCCUUUGCGAAUCACGGGUCACUUGAGAUGCUUGGAUUGGCUCGUUGUAGUUUGAUUUGUACCGAGGAUAUUGAGGAGAUAGUGUCACGUUGUGGUUCUUUAAGGCAUCUGGUGCUUGACAAGGUUUUGAGGGGAUGGAUGUCGCCUUCAGCGAAGGAGAAGUUGAGCAUGUUGGAUAGGGUGGAUUGGGUGUGAAGUUGUUGAUUCAGCAUAUCAUAAGGUGCAAUCAUAGCUUUUUCUUUCUAUAUGUGGUUAAUUGUUACCAAAAUUUACAUUCUUUAUAUGUUGUAGUUUCUAAGCUUUGAAGCUGACACAAUUUUAGCAAUAGUUCUCUUUUUAGAUCAGUUGUAGAGUAUACAUAAGGUGCAGUCUUAGCUUUUUCUUUCUAUAUGUAGUUAAUUGAACCAAAAUUUACAUCCUUUAUAUGUUGUAGUUUCUAAGCUUUGAAACUGACAUAAUUUUGGCACUAGAUCUCUUCUUAGAUCAGUUGCAGAUGUUGAUAUUUGAUGUAGCCUGAUUAAGCACCAUCAUAUGUGAACUCUAUUAAUGACUUUAAUAUACACUUUCAUAAAUGAUGUAGCCACAUGUUAAUCAGGAUAGGAGUUUUGUUUUUGUUUUAGAUCUAAUUUCAUAGUAUUAGCUAGUUAGAUUUUGAUUUUCACCUGGCUUGAUGAUUCAGAUUGGGAUAUGAGUUUGAUGCAGUUGAUACUUAGCUAGAGUAUACUUUUUGGGUUCACUUAGAGCUCCUCCAAUCAACUCCCUUCAGUUUCUUUCUGUUGAGUCCUUGACCCAAAAAUUUGUUAAUUUUCUUCCUUUAACAUAAAGUAAACUAGCACUUUUUGCCUUCCAUGCAUCAUUUGCACCUCCGGUGUCCAAUUUUUGUACAUCCUCACCGAUUUAUUCUAUCUAUUUUUUCCUUUAUCCUUUACCCAUCAUGUAACAUGUUUUACUUCAUUAAGUCAAAUGGUACAUCACUUUCUUGGGUUCCUAUUGCAUCACAAGGGAGAAUGAAAAAUAUGAACUAAAAACCCAUACCCUAAGGUUGUUUGUUUGUUCAUCUUUCUUCUAAUUGGGUGGUAGAAUACUGUGAUUUAAUUGUAAAUUAUAAAUGUGCAUCAUGGCUUCUAAACUUUGAUAGUGACUUGAUUGAUCGCUUUUUUUAAUUUUAUUUUCUUUAUUUUCCCUUGGUUCAUUGUGAUUUUUAUCUCACUCUUUUGUAAACAUCUAUGUAACUCGGGUAAUUCUAAUCUGAAGUUGUACCUGUACCUGACACAUACCCAUAUCCAUGCUCGUACCCAAAUUCCGUGGACACUCCGUUCAUAUGUGCAUACAUUUAUUUGGGCAUGUACUCAAUCAUAUAACAUAUGUUAUAAUUUAAACACUUUUGAUACACUUUUUGGACAUAUAUCCUACACUUCACAUCUACUUCUUGGAACUUGUUGGACAUUGGUAAGGUCCCGAAUUAUAAUCUUGGAUGGUCGCUUGGAUGUGUAGUUUAAUAACUAGUGAUUCUCCAUUUUGUAACCCACAUAAUAAAAGAAACAAAAAUGUUAUAGGAAGUUUAAUUCUCAUCCAUGGUCUCAUAUAAUAUAUUAAUUCCAAUAUGUAAUAUAUGUGUACAUAAAUAUUUAUAUAGCCGUCUAUGUACCCUAUCUUUUACAAAUUUGUCGUGUUUCAUAACUGUAUCCCUGACAGUACUGUUACCCGUACCCAUGCAACAUUUGUAAACAUAUAAGCUUUUAGAGGUUUCGAGGUUAGAGAGUAAUAGUAGGAUCCUAGAAGCAAGAUACGAUUUGUUUCUGGGUACCUUGGUUAUUCAAAUAUGAACCUAUCCAGUCUAGGCUUUGUUUAGGCUAAUGGUUUCCUCCCACAACAAACUUGAGGCAAAGCUUGAUCUCAUAUGGUUGAAGAAGAAUGUAGAAGAUACACUGCUAAUUUAUAAAACCUCAAAUAAAACUCUUUUAAGCUCUUCCUUUUGUAUUCGGAACGUAGCCAUCUCAGCUAAACUUAGUCCUUUGUUUGAAUAUUUGUUUUGUCAUGGAGCAUAUGUUGAAAGUGCCCAUUAACUCAAAAGUUCUAUAGCAUCCCUAGAAUUUUUAUUUAGCAUUAUCUUACAAAAAGAUCUACCAAGAAAUUUCUAGGAGGAUACAAGUGUAUAUGGCUAGUAUUUGUUCUUCUAGAAACUCUAUUAGUAUAUGGCUGAGAUUAGUUCUUCUACACGUCUCUUAGCCAUCUUAAACAAACUAUAAAUAGGGAUCUUGCGGUUUCAUUUGAUCAAACAAACAAUAAGUGAGCUUGGAUGAACAGUGUAGGCUUGUGUGAGUGUCCACCAAAAUAAGAAUAGUGUAAGGGUAAUGUGUUCUUGUUAUAGUAGUUUUCAUGGUCUAGCAACCUAUAAACCUUCUAUAGGAGAUUUGUCAGAAACUUGAGCAGCAUCGGUUGCGCCUAUAAUUGAGUGCAUGAAGAAAGACAAGUUCAAUUGAGGGGAAGAUGCAGCUCGUAGCUUUGCACUAAUCAAUGAGAAGUUGUCUACAGCACCAGUGCUCGCACUUUUAGAUUUUCAAAAGGAGUUUGAGUUUGAGUUUGAUUGUGAUGCGUCCAUAGUAGGUAUUAGUGAUGUCCUAUUAUAAGAAGGCGGUCUAGUUGCUUUCUAUAGCGAGAAAUACAAUGAAGCUUGGCGGAAAUGGACCACAUAUGAGCUAGAGUUGUAUGCUAUAGUCCAGUCAUUGAAGCAUUGAGAGUACUAUUUGAUCUUGUGAGAAUUUUGGCUCAAUACCGACCAUCAGGCCUUGAAGUCCAUCAAUAGUUAAACUACCAUCAAUCGUAUGCAUGCUCGAUGGAUAACAUUUUUUGUAGCGUUUCACCUUUAUUUUGAAGCACAAGUAUAAGUAGCAGAAUAAUGUCACCGAUGCACUCAGUCGGAGAGCUGCUUUGUUGGUGAC